AGAUGGCAGCAAGCACAAGCAUUAAGCAGCACCGUUUGGGCAAGAGGGGCUGGGAGGAGUUUGGCUACCCUGAUCUACAGCCUCCCAGCCUCUAGAGGACCCCCAAGUACCGGCAACUCGGUAGCAGGCAUGUGCCUUCCUUUGGGUGGAAAGUCAGUGCACGAGACUGUGCGUGAAUCUAGGAAGUGAGGAAUCAGCAGACAAACAGACAGACAUACAGACAGGCAGCUGAUCGAUCCAUUACAAUAAAAAUGCAGGCAGCCGCAAUGAAAGGGACGCGGGGCGAGGCACAAGCUGCAGCCAAAGAGUUUAUAAAGUUCCUGAAUCGAGGCGUCUCUCCUUAUCACGUGGUCGAGGAGUGUAAGUCUCGCCUCCUACAGGCUGGUUUCUUGGAGCUGAAGGAAGCAGAACACUGGGACAUUAAACCCAACCACAAGUACUUUGUGACCCGAAACUACUCCACUUUGGUGGCAUUUGCAGUGGGUGGACAUUACCAACAGGGGAAUGGAUUUACCUUAAUUGGAGCUCAUACGGACAGUCCAUGUCUAAGGGUAAAGCGCCGUUCCCGCCGGGGCCAAACUGGGUACUUACAGGUUGGCGUUGAGUGUUAUGGAGGCGGAAUCUGGAGCACAUGGUUUGAUCGGGAUCUGACUGUGGCUGGGAGAGUGAUCCUGAAGGACGGGCACCACCUGCAGCAUCGACUGGUACAUAUAGAUCGUCCGAUUCUGAGGAUCCCACAUCUGGCCAUUCAUCUGCAGAGGACUGUAAAUGAAAGCUUUGGGCCCAACACUGAACAACAACUACUUCCUAUUCUUGCAUCUGCAGUACAGGAAAGUCUGGAAAAGGAGACUUUAGAUUCUGGAAUCUCUUGCCCUUCUGCUCCAGGAAGCAACACCCUGGCUGAUAGGCAUCACCCUUUGCUGCUUACUCUCUUGUGUGACAAACUAGGAGUCAAACCUGAGCAAAUACUGGAGAUGGAGCUCUGUCUGACUGACACCCAACCUGCGACCCUAGGCGGUGCCUAUGAAGAGUUCAUUUUUGGGCCCCGCUUGGAUAAUCUGCACAGCUGUUACUGUGCUCUACAGGCUCUGCUGGGUUCCUGUGAAUCUUCAAGCUCUCUUGCCAAUGACCCCAAUGUCAGAAUGAUCACCUUGUAUGACAAUGAAGAGGUAGGCUCUGGAAGUGCCCAAGGGGCAGAGUCUCUACUAACAGAAUUGAUUCUGCGCCGCAUCUCCUGCACACCCCAUAAUCUCACUGCAUUUGAGGAGUCUGUACCCAAGUCGUUUAUGAUCAGCGCUGAUAUGGCUCAUGCCGUGCACCCAAACUACAUGGAUAAACAUGAAGAGAAUCAUAGGCCGCUCUUCCAUAAGGGUCCAGUCAUCAAAGUGAACAGCAAUCAGCGCUAUGCCUCUACAGCAGUGACUGAGGCUGUGCUGAGAGAGAUUGCUGGCUGUGUUGGGGUCCCCCUUCAGGAAUUCAUGGUGAGAAAUGAUGUGCCGUGUGGUACAACAAUUGGGCCUAUUCUGGCAUGCAAACUGGGCCUGCGAGUGCUGGACCUGGGUUCUCCCCAGCUGGCUAUGCACUCAGUUCGGGAGAUGUGCUGCACCUCAGGGGUCCUGCAGACCUCCACCUUGUUCCAGGCUUUCUUUGAGCAGUAUCCCGUGGUGAACGACAGCUUGUUGGUAGACUGACACCCCUCUUCUAAUUGCAGCACUUAAACUGAGCCUUCCACCAAUUCAAACUAUCCUUGUCACUUGGUGGGUGGAGUUUGUAUAAAGGCAGCACCAGCAUCCCUAAAAUAAAAAGUAUUCUUUAAA